AUGCUGCAGAGAAGCACCUCGUACGCCAACCCAGAGCUCCCGACUUAUCUCGCCUCGCUGCUGCGCAAUCUGCCGGACGAUGGCGUCGACGCGACGCUGCGGCUCCUCGAGUGCAUCUUGGUCGGAGGCACCGCAAGCUUCGAGACAUUCCUUGCGACGCGCGCCAACUUGUAUGGGCAAGCCAGUCGCUCCAAGUGCGAAGAG